UUUGAAAAUUAAAUCAAAGCUGGUGAAUGCACUUUCUUUCAAAAUUAGUUGCGUUCCAGCCUUUCAUGGCUAUACAACGUUCAAAAAAUAAUUUGCUCCAAUAAUAAAUUCUGAAUUACACUAAAGAAUACACUAAAUAUAAUAAAGAAAAUACAACAACACAACGAAUUAUUGCACUAUGGCAACUCGUCGGCGUUUCUGUGAAUUUUUUAUACUAAUACUUGUGGCGUGCACUGUGACGGCGAAAGAUCUCACUGAUGUGGAUAAAAAGAAUAUGUGUAAGAAUAAAGAUACCUGUCGGGAUUGCAUACAAACGUCGAACUGUGCGUGGUGUAAGGUGACGCUGUUUGAAGAAGAUCGAUGCUUUCAAAGCAAUUUGACUACAACCUGCACGUCAAUUGAGUAUCCAAUUACGAAAAUAACCGAUGAGAUCAAGCGCCCACUGACGAGUGAGAGUAAAAUAGGAGAUGUGAUUGAAAAGGAAAAACGCGAAAUAGUACAGCUUAUGCCACAGUACAUUAAAUUGGAAUUGAGACCCAAUGAAGUCUACUCACUACCAGUGAAAUAUGCGCGUGCACUCGACUAUCCCGUCGAUCUCUACUAUCUUAUGGACUUGUCUGAGUCAAUGAAAGACGAUAAGGAUAGUCUAUCCGCAUUGGGUGAUACUCUAGCGAAUACUAUGCGCAAUAUAACCAGCGAUUUUCGUUUGGGCUUUGGUUCGUUUACCGACAAAGUUAUAAUGCCAUUCACCGACGAUAUCACUAAAAGUAAUUGUAGGAAAUAUAAGACAUGCCAUAGUUAUCACAAUGUUAUGCCACUGAGCACGGAUGCCUUCCAAUUUGCAUCUAAAGUGAAAGAAACGAAAAUUUCGGCUAAUUUGGAUUCGCCUGAAGGUGGCCUGGAAGCCAUGAUGCAGGCGAUCGUGUGUCGCGAAGAGAUCGGUUGGCGUGAAAAGGCACGACAUCUGCUAAUUUUCUCAACUGAUGCAACUUUUCAUACUGCUGGAGAUGGCAAGCUUGCCGGUUUGAUUGCACCAAAUGACGGCAAAUGUCACCUGGACAAAGAAGGCCAUUAUACACAUGCGGAAUUAAUGGAUUAUCCAAGUAUUGGACACAUAAUAGACACUGUCAAAGAUAAUGCGAUUAAUAUCAUAUUUGCUGUCACAAAAAGUGUAGAAAAUACCUACAAACAUUUGUCGGAACAUAUUGAGGGGUCUUCAUAUGCACCUUUGUCGGACAAAUCAUCGAAUGUGGUAAAUCUAAUACGUGAACAAUAUCAGCAAAUUUCAUCCUCUAUCGAAAUGCGUGACAAUGCCACCGAGAGUGUAAAGAUCACUUACUACUCCGCCUGUCGCGGUGCUGGCCCGGAAGUACCUACUUCAAAAUGUGAUGGUCUACAUGUUGGCGAUGAGGUUAAGUUCACCGUAAAAAUACGUAUAACUUCCUGUCCAGUAGAUCCACGCGAUUGGCGGCAAAGAAUACAAAUCUAUCCGGUCGGCAUAAAUGAGAACUUGAUCAUUGAUCUGAAAAUGCUAUGCGGCUGCGAGUGUGAAGACGACGUGAAGACUAAAAGUCAAUAUUGCUCCUCACAAGGCAGUCUGGUGUGUGGCGUUUGUAAGUGCGAAGACAGAUUUGUGGGCGCCAAGUGCCAGUGUUCGAAUACCAAUAUGCAAGAGAGCAGUGACAAUGGUCACACCUGCCAUGACAAUACGACCAAGGUCGAUUGUAAUGGACGCGGCAUUUGCUCCUGUGGCCAAUGCCAAUGUGACAAGCGCAGCAAUGAUGAGGAGGUCAUAUCGGGUAAAUACUGUCAGUGUGACAAUUUCUCUUGUGAACGACACGAUCGAAAGCUCUGCUCUGGCCCCGCGCAAGGCAAAUGUGAGUGCGGACAGUGCGUUUGCGCAGAGGGCUGGCAGGGUAAAGCCUGCGAAUGUCCGAUAUCAACCGAUAGCUGUCGGAUAAAGGGCGAUGAUAAACUAUGUUCGGGUAAAGGCAGCUGUGAAUGCGGUGUUUGCAAAUGUCAGGCCACUGCACAGGGUCGUUACUCGGGUACACAUUGCGAGACGUGUCCAACAUGUUCUAGCCUCUGUAUGGGCUUGAAAGAUUGUGUACAAUGUCAAAUGUAUAAAAUGGGUAAAUUCAAAGACGCCAAAGACUGUGCUACUAACUGUACGAAACUCAACACAACUGCAGUUGAUAAAAUUCCUGAAAAGUCCGAAUUAGUUCUGGGCGAAAAGAGUUGCGAAUUUUAUGAUGUUGAUGAUUGUAGAUAUGCAUUUACGUUCAAAGAAAAUAACGGUUUUUACGAAGUUAAAGCACAAAAGGAGCGCGAAUGUGCGCCAAAGGUAGAUUUGUUUCAGAUUUUAUACAGUGUGGUAGGCUCAAUUCUGGUCAUUGGCUUAGCUACACUGCUACUAUGGAAACUUAUUACGACUAUACAGGACAAUCGAGAAUAUCGACGAUUUGAGAAGGAAAAAAGUAAACGCGAAUGGAAUUCGAAUGGCAACCCACUGUAUAAACAAGCGACGUCAAGCUUUAAAAAUCCGACAUAUUCAUCAUCAUAAAAUAAUCUAAAAAUAUAUAAAAUGAAUAGUUUGCGUCGAUCUCCACAGCAUACAUUUUUGAGUAUUAGCAACUAAAUGCCAAUUAUUCUUUGUAUUUACUAGUGAACAUUAUUUUUAACAAUUGUUGUAACUACCAAAUUUAAUUAAAUAUUUUUACAACUGUCAACAAUU